AUGGAUGACUAUUCGCUGCGCAACGAGUCUUUUCCGGAGUCCGGCCUACCCAUACAGUAUCCCCGGGCCACGACGCUCUUCGCUGCUUCAGCCUGCAUCCUGUUCAUCGUCCUGGGCAUCGCUGGCAACCUGUUGACAAUCGUAGCACUGGCUCGCUGCAAUAAGCUGCGCAACGCCACCACCGCCUUUGUGGUCAGCCUCUGUACCGCGGACCUCCUCUUCUGCGCCCUCAACUUGCCGCCCACUGCAUCCAGGUACAUUCACCACAGCUGGGUGCUCGGCGAGACUUUGUGCAAGUUGUUCCCUUUCUUCUUCUAUGGAAACGUGGCCGCCUCCCUUCUUUCCAUGACGGCGAUCACCAUCAACAGGUACAUCCUCAUCAACCACUACAAACACUACGAUCGCAUCUACCGGCCUCGGUACGUGGCCUUGAUGAUCGCCCUCUGCUGGCUCUUCAGCUUCAGCCUGCUGGCCCCUACGUUGGCCGGGGCGUGGGGGCGAGUUGGGUACCGCCCUCAGAGCUUCUCGUGUACCAUCUUGCGCAAGGGUGGCCGUAGCCCCAAGAAGUUCCUCUUCGUGCUCGGCUUCCUGCUGCCCUGCCUCAUCAUCGUCAUCAGCUACUCCUGCAUCUUCUACAGGGUGCACAAGAGCCGCAAAAACGUGGAGGCUCACACCCCGGCCACCAACGGCAAGCCUCCAAUCCGGCAGCUCUCCCACCGGCAGGACGAGAUCCGGCUCACCCGGAUGAUGCUCAUCAUCUUCUGCUCCUUCCUACUCUGCUUCCUGCCGCUCAUGGUCGUCAACGUGCUCGAGGACAAGAUCCGGUCCCCCACCGUGCACGUCCUGGCUUCCGUGCUCGCCUGGAUGUCUUCAUGCAUCAACCCGGUCAUCUACGCAGCCAUGAACAGGCAGUACAGGCAGGCCUACGUGCGCCUGUUCUGUGGUGCAAAGCGGCGCCUGGGCACUGCGCACCACUCCAGCUCCAGUGGCGCAAGGUCCAGCCACUCCAAGACCCUCAUGUCGGAGGUCUUCGUCUUCAACUCGACCGCCAACGGGAAGCCGCCGGCCAACGGAGACAGCAAGGAGAACAAGAUCUAGCCAGAUCUCCUCAGUGUUGGCUUUAACAUACCAAAGAUACAUCCCGGACGAAGUAGCGGAUGACUUUAUGCUACGAUUCGUUUCAGCUGUUGUAGAUUUUAUGCUGGAUUCAGUGAGCAAAACUAAAGAAUGAGGAAAAAUGAAAAAAAAAAAAAGCUUCAUUGUACGCCUCCAGGUUGAAACUUGUCUACUUUGGUUUCAAGGUAAAGGUCGAUCGUUGAGCAAGCAUGAUUCCCAAACUACUGGGAUCACGGAAGCCUUCGCAAAAAUGAUUCUUGAACUAGGAACCACAUGAGUAAACAUGUCAUCGUGUGUAUACAUCUUGCAAAAACUUGAGCAAAUGACUCUUAUUACACGAACAGUUCGUGGCAAGUCCAAGAUGCAGCUAAAAUAUUUGUCUCACCCCACCAAUAUGUUUCGCAAAAUGAGUGUAGCUUAAAAAAGACCGACUUCAAGUCAAACUGACGAUUGAAGCUGUUCUGGCUAUUCCUACUUACCACCCAUUAAUACUGCCGUGGGAUGUCAAUGCGCAGAACCUGCAGAAAUGAGUAUUUAAGACAUUUGAAGAAACGCGUUUUGAGUUCGAUACUUAGAAUAGGAAAAUGUUCGACGUUCUUUGAUGAAACAUUGUAUUUGGAAAUUGAGACGUUCUUUCCCCGCUAUAUUGUAAGCGGAAACCAAACGAAUAAGCUUGUACAGUAAAGCUAAAGUACAAUAAAUGACAAAAAUGAAAAAUGGAGAAUUUGCAGACACUGAGCUUUACCUUCCCACGGCAGAAUAGAACAACCUUUCGAAGAACAAUGAUGUGUUCCCCAAACAAGCUAAUGCAUAACCCGGAAAGAAAAAGUUAUGUUUUCAUGAGAGAGACAGAGAAACUAACUUCCCACCUUUUAGAAAAGGUAAACGUUUUCAAAAUAUUUUCAUGCGUGCACAGCUUUAUGUAAAAUAAAUACGUUUGCGUAUCAUUCGAUUCAAAUUUCAAUAGUUUUUAUCUGUCUUCCACAAAGUUCGAAUUCACUGCUGUUAGAAUGGAUUUGAUACAACUUUGAGGAAUUGGUUCAUGUAUGCUCAGAGCGUGACCAUCUUUACAUAUUCUGUAAAACUUUAUAUACAUGUAUGUGUAGUGUCUAGCAGUCAAAAUCACACAUUCUGACCUGUCAUCAGCAGUUAUGACACAAACUGGAUACUAAUAAUCAAUUUUGCUCAUAAAUUGUGUUAGGGGUCGGCGCUAGUAGUUCUGCUGCCCCAGGCAAUGCUUAAAAAUGAGUCCCUCCACUUAAUAAUAAUAAUAAUAAUGGGUAAAAUGAAAAAGAAAAGGUCAAACACAUUCUCAUAUGCAAUAAAAGCUGGAAAAAACCAUCUUUAUCACAAAUUCGAGAUUUUUCACCCCCUUAAACUUUAUGUUCUGAUGUUAGGGGAGGAAAGAACGGAGGAAAAGUUCUAACCGAAAAUUAUUUGAAACUGAAGUCCCACAAAUCCCCCUUUAGGCUAAGUUUAUCUAAGUUGGGGAAGAAAAGGCUGGCAACCAGCUUUCCUCCGGAAAAUAUUCGAAAUUGAAAACAUAAAAAUGGAAUUUUAGUAAACUUUAAUGAUAUUAUCGAGAAUUUUAUGUAUUGGAGGCUCUCCUCCGGAAAAUUGCGGAAAUUAACGACCUAAAACUUUAGGGUUGCUUUAAAUCAGAACCAGCGUCUGGGCGCCGCUCUCACGGACGGCGGCAUUCAUCCACCUAGAUUCGUCACAGCGUCUUGUAGCACGAUAAUUUCAAAAAGAUUGUGCGUCAAUACAAACAUUUUCAUACUUUUUAAAAUCAUACGCGUACAAGGAAUUGAAUUCAACCCCCGAGGGUAACUGGGUAACGAACUAAAAACUACUCUUUUAAAAUUUGCCCUGAGUUCUUGCAUUGCAGUGCAGACUGCACUCUUUUAGUUUUCCAAACAACACAUAGAUGUCGCCACUAAAAUCAGUUGAAAAUAAGAAAAACGAAAGUGCAAAUAGCACUCGACGUUAAAUCCCGGUUAUCACAAAUUUGCCAUUUCAACUGCGCUUGCGCACGGACUUAGCUUUUUGGGCUUUCUGUUUUAAGAUUUCGUGUUGCUUGUUUAUAUUUAGGUUGUGCUCGAGUCCCAACAAAUUAAUGAAUGCGAUUAGAGUAUUUUCACAUCGAUUUCGGGAUACAUUAUAUGAAACUACGGAUAUGAAUAACUGAUAAUCUUUAUAAAGAAAAGAGAAAAAUGACACUUAAAUAUGUAUUGGUUUGGAAAUAUAUAUACGUAAACGUAAAACACGUUAUGUACUUCAAAAAUGAUCGGAAUAUUACAAAUAUCCGUCUUUUGCGGAUAUUUUACGUUAGGCGUAAACAGCUUAGUAUUAUACAUUUGUAUUUAGGUUGAGGGUUCCGCUUUUUAUUGGAAGUGAUGCCGCAGAUCGAGUACGCUCUUCAGGGGUUAAAAAUUUGGCCCUGAAAAGGAUCUUUGUUUGAUAGAAAAAUCAGGCUCCGAAUCCAAUAAUAAUUAAGACGUAAAACUCAAUCUUUACCGAGGCGUAAAAACUAAAUCAAAGACAGCUUUGUAAUUUCUAAUUUUUAUCUGUUAUUAUCUCAUAUUAACAAAUUUAAAUGUUUUUCGUUAGUUUGAGCAAGAGUUUCGAUAUCAGCAAAGUCCGCGCGCAAGCGCAGUUGAAAUGGCAAAUUUGUAAUAACCGGGAUUUAAAGACGAGUGCAAAUAGCCCGCAAGAUUUUUUUUUUUCCAAUUCAUUAGAAGUAACUUUCAGGUUUUUUUUUUUUUUGCUUUGAUUUUCAAUCAUUUUUUUGUUGAGAUCCAUUUGGAUGAAAUGGGCACCAGUCGAUUUCUUCGUCACAUUAAAAAGGUGGCAUUUCCAUUAUCAGGGACGCUCCGAACUUAAAUUUUUGGUUGGGCGGAAAUUCUCAGUUUUGUCAAGCGGAACUCGAAAUUUUGCCGAUUGAUAAAAUAGGGGUACAGUGAAACCUGUGUAAGUUGACCACUUGCGGUGCACUACUUUAGUGAUCAACUUAAACAGGUAGUCAACUUACAGAGGUUGAUUUAUAUGAUAAGGGCUUCCGUGCCUGAAAAAAGCGGUCAACUUAGACAGGUGGUCAAAUUCACAGGUUUUACUAUGUACAAAUAAGUACAUUUAAUGAAAAGAGACAUUCGGACAUUUAAAAAUUGCAGAGCUGCAAUUAUGUCCCCAAAUUUGACGAAUCGUCAGACAAAAUUUACCUAUUAAGGACAUUUUGGGGAGGUCACAGCGACUUCCCAUCGGGGCGCUCUUGUCCAUUAUGAGUCAAUAUUGUGCUGUUUCUCACUUCGUCACUGUCCAUCGAACUUGUCAGUAAUUAAGUGAUACAGAUCUGAGAGAACCAAAUUGUUAUAUAUAUAACUCUGCGAAAAAUCAUUUUGCAUGUCAUGUUCUGUACACAUUGUUCUUAUGACUUUGCUAUCAUUCAUUAAUGCAUUUCUGUGUAGUUAGUUGACUGUUUUGAAAAUAUAUGUACGUAUUUUUCAAUAAAAUAUACAUAG